CAAAAUUUCAAAAUGGCCUCUGCGGAGCCCUCUGCGGUCGUCUCUGCGGCGGACGUGCUUGCUGUCAAUGGCGCGGAUAGUCAUCAGUAUAUAGAUUUUAAAGGUCAUGUAGUACGGAACUAUGAUUUACAGCUAGAAGAUAUCCCAAGGCUCAACCAUGAUGAUCCGCGAGUGGAAUCAAUGAUCGCAAAUGAGGUUAGUGGUCUACUUAUAAUUCCGGGUCUGAUGUAGCAUGAAUUUUGAUAAACUGUCAAACAAGGAAGUUGGCUACAAUGUAAGCUUAAGCUUAUAUUUAUUUAGUAGCCCCAUGUUCCGGAUAAAUCAACCAUCUAAACAAAAACAGUGCCCAUUCCUCUUGCAAGUACUUUUCUUCGUCUUUCCUAAAUUACUGAACAGGAGCGAUCUCACUUAUUAUGGGAAACUCCCAUAAUAUUAUCUUAUCUCUACAAUCAGUUCAGUUCAUUUUUGUUUUUGAUUUUUUUUUGUUUUACAGUUUGAUAUAAAUUGCUUUCAAUUGGGAGACAUGAUAACUGGUUAAAUAAAUGAAGCUGAAUAGCAAGUAGCAAAUAAUAUGAAGUGCAAAAUUGGCUGCAUUAACAAUGAAGUAGACCGCUGUGUCAGUCAGCAGGUUUUGGAUGUUAACUUUAACCUUGGAUUAAAUUAAAUUUAAAGCAGAAAAUUCUCUCCUAAAAGCAAUAACUCAAGCUGAUAUAUAAAUAUUAGUCUGUCACCUUUUGUUUAGAGACCAAGUUAUUUUGACUCAAAAUGGAUCGCUGUUUGAGAAACUGGGUCCGUGAGACUCACAAUUUAUUGCUUUGGUACAUGGAGGAUAAGUAAUGGUAACAGGACUGAGUGGAGUCCAAUUCGGUCUGUAAUCAUACGAGUGAUUAACAAAAUCGGACGACCGCGUAGCGGGAGUCCGAUUUGUUUAAUCACGAGUAUGAUUACAGACUGAAUUGGACGACACAAAGUUCUGUUACCAGUUAAUCAUAACUUUAACAAAAUUUGUGAUACAAUAGGCUAUUUGUUAAACCAAAACACAAGAAAUUCGAAAUUUUGUUUUGCUAGCAGUGAAACAAAAGCCAUUUAAGCGCGCGCGUGAUGGCGCGUACUGUCCGAUUACUUAGGCAUGACGCGUACUGUCCUAUUAAACUGUCCAAUUAAGACUGAAAUCAGGGCAGUUGAGAGCCAAUCAGAUUUGACAAUUUUGUUAUAGUUAUGAUUAAAAUUGUUAUUGUACUAUAAGACUAGUAAAAACAAUUUUUCUAAUCUUAUGCUUUCCACUUUUUCUUAGGAACCUGUUGUGUUAACAAAUUCUGACAUUAUUGCAACUGCUCUUAAGUGGGACUUAAACUAUCUCAGGGAAAACAUUGGUCCAGGGAAUUUUUCAGUCUACAGCUCAAAGACUUCUAAGUUCAUGUAUUUUGACGACAAAAGAGCCAAGGAUUGGCCCAACUUUGUACCACCUACAGAAAGACAUGAGAUGAAAUUUGAGGAGUUUUUUGAAAGAAUUGCUAACUUUAGAUCUUCUGACACCAGAAUAUACCUGCAACAAAUGCUCAAUGACUCUGUAGGAAAAAAUAUAGUUAAAGACUUCCUUGGCUUUAAGUGGAACUGGCUGACAGCAAUACAGAGGAAAAUGAAAUGGGGAACACUUACUUCAAAUCUCCUUCUCAUUGGCUUACCUGGAAAUAUCACUCCAGUUCAUUAUGACGAACAGCAGAACUUUUUUUGUCAGGUGUCAGGGUACAAGAGAAUAAUUUUGUUUCAUCCUGAUCAGUUCAAAUGUCUUUAUCCAUUUCCACUGUACCAUCCGUGUGAUAGGCAAAGUCAGGUAAGGUUAGCAGGUCUUUUGAUAUUAUAUGGUAGUACGAUUUUGCACAAUAAAUCCUCCUAGCUUGUAUGUUUUGUUUUCCCAUUGUAAACCAUGUGAUGUUGUUUUGAAAAAAAAAAAGCAUAUGAUGUUACAGGGCAGUUACCUGAGUACUGUUUCUUUCAAAAGUCAUACUAUCUACGUGAAUACACUAUGUGUACAUAACAUAAAGCAUGUUUUGCAUGGGCCUGGACUACUUGAAAAACUGCUACACGUAGGUCCUUGAAAACUCCUUGAAUUUGUAGAAGCAGUGCUUGAAUUUUGUUAAAAUGCCUUGAAUGCUGGAGACUACAACAAAAUAAGUUCAUUUUGACACAAAAAAAUUGAAAAAACUGCUGAGAAACACAUUUUUGAAGUCACAAAUGCCGAGAAGCUUUCUAUAUCAGGACAAUUCAUUAUUUUUUUAUUUAAGCUAUUUAAGCAACCAUGCCUUAAAUGGGGUAUGCCAAGUGUAUUCUUCAGCCCCUCUCUAAGCAAAGAAAACCAGGAGGGAAAUAUAGCCUAAAGGAGCGUGAAGUGUGGAAUCUAUUUGACUCUAAAAAAGCUGUACAUACACUGUAAUCAACAACUGGGAAGAGAAAAGGUUAUGAGAAAUUAUAGUGAUCAUCAUGGAAAAUGCUUUGAUCUUAGUCAAAUUCCCUCAAAUGUGUACAGCUGUAUGUGGAUGUAAAUGGGGCUUUUAAGGGUGGCUGGACAGUGUACAGUGUAAGUGGACAGCAUUAGGACUUUGCUAAUGCUCACUCAAUUGAGGUUUCUUUUUGAAAGAUACAAGCUUUGUUCUACAACAAAUAAGGAGGAAAAAAAGGGUCAAACAGUGAUUUUGUUACAAAUAGUUAUGGCGAGUCCUAGGACUGAUCUUGUGGACAUAAUUUUAUUAUGACUCCCAGUUCAGAAGCGAUGAGUGCCAGUUAAAAAAAGAAAAAAAAAAUUGAGUCCAAAAUUGAAAAUGCUUCUGCCUUUAUGUAUAAACCAGACAGUUAAUCUGAAGACAGACUCCAACUCUCUUUAUUUAAGUCUACUGAAAUUAAAAUAAAGUCCUUCUAUCUUAAAGCACAACAAAGGCAAAAAGAAAUAAUAAUGCAUCGUUAAACAGCAGCCACAAUGACUGCCACAGAAAUUACAUGAACAGGAUAUUUCUACAAAUACACAUGUUCAGAUCCAUUGAUCAAUCUUUGUGUCCUACGGGAUGCAUGCCAUGAAUUAUUAUUUUGCAUCUUUGAGGAUUUUCUUGAGUCAGGGACGCAGGACGCAGACUAAGGAAACAAAAUCACUGGUCAUACUGAUGUCUAUGUCCAGCAAGCAAGAUUCCAUCCCCCACCUCCCGUGAAAUGUAAUACACUGUCAUACAUGUAUUUCUUUUAUAUUUGCUAUACUGUUUUUAACAAAGUUGCAUCACAUUUCAAUUCAAAAGGUUGAUUUUGAUAACCCAGACUAUGCAAGGUUUCCCAAGUUCAAAGAGGUGAAAGGAUUUCAAGCAAUAGUCGGGCCAGGAGACGUUCUUUACCUACCAAUGUAUUGGUGAGGCAUGCAGUACAGUACUAUGUUUCCUUUCCUCAGUUACUUUACAAACUCACUCCUUUACAGUCAAACCUGUAUUAAGUGGUCGCCCUCUAUUAAGCGGUCACUUACCAAAGUGUCGUAAAUGUUGCAAAUGAACAAAAGCUAUUAAUAAGAUUAGACAGGAAAACUGAAAGCAUAUCGUUUCAGUGCAUGUUUAUCUGUGUACAAUUGGUGCAGACAUGUACUUUCACUUCAGAUGGUUUUCGAAGUCCUCUGGCCUCUAAAAUUUGUUGCUAGGCUGAUUGUUUUCAACACCCAACUCUGUCAUGACUCAUUUCCUCAUCAACGUAUGAGUUAUAUUGAAACUAGGUGGUAAUCAUUCAAUUAUUCAAGCAUUUAGUACAUGUGGUUACUACACUUUGACUGGUAAACAAGAACGCUCUAUGAUAGACUGCAAAAUAGUCUAUUUUUGUGUAUUUGAGUACGCGUGAACAGUCAGAUAAAAGGACUGGAGCAAGGCUGAAAACGGAGGCUCAUGGGCGAGGCGUGCAUGAGACUAUUAUGCCACACUAAACCGAUUUUGAGAAAAAAACCGACCGGUUUGCUGUCUAGCUCUAUAAAGGAGGUAUCCAUGCUGUUAAUCAGAGUACAUGUAAAUUUUCUUAAAACAAGUUUCCAGCCAGUAUAUUUUUGGUUUUAAUGAGAUAGCCAAAACAAUUCAAUUUAUACACCAAUGAGCUUUUUUUAGGAAAUGUUGUUAAAGGACCCUGAGCUUGGGUGUUAAAUCAUGUUCAUCACGCUGUUUUAAGAUUCAUCGGACUUGCAUGUAGCAAAUGCAACGUCAAAGGAGAUUGUGAAUUUCUGAAAGUGCGCAAAAAGGUCUGAAGUGUCUCCCAAUGCUCAAUUUGCCAUCAUUAGUGCUGAUGAGUUGUCUUUGCUUAAUCUGUCUAAAUACCAAUGCACAAAAACACAAAAUGACGAUUUGAUUUUUCACUCUAGGUGGCACCACGUGGAAUCAACAAUAAAUGGAGGAAUAACAACAUCUGUGAACUUCUGGUACAAGGUUUGUAUAAUCAUAAUCAUAAUCAUAAUCAUCAAACAAAAUUCUCUAGAUUUCAGUCUAUAGCAUCCACUACUAAAGUACACAUUGUAGCAUUUUACCCAUACUUAGCUAAUGGCAAAGUUGUUCCAAAUUUCACGGGAUUCUAUCCAUUGGUGACAUAUAACAUUAAUGUGCCCCGGCAGUGCAAUAAACUGCACUUGAUCUUCGAUAUCCUUUUUACCUAUUGAAUUCACUACUCUAAAACAUAACUUGAUUUCCACUGAUUAAGGACUGAGCCUGAAAUGUCAGGAAACAUUGUACUCUUUAUUCAUUUUUAAGUUUUUACAAAUCAUUAGGUAGUGUUGUACAGUGGUGUACUUUCUGAAAGCACAGUAAAAAUCAACUGGGUUGAUUAAUUAAUCGAAGAGUAAAAUUAACUUUUGACUCGAAAUCUUACUCAGCUGAAUAAAUGAGUAUUUAUCGACUUUUAUAUAUACAGAUCUUACGAUAAAUACCCAUACAUUUCUCCUGCUUAUAUUUUAUCUUUUGUUUUGUUCAUAACACUGAAUGGAGAAUGGAUAUUCUCUUGUUACAGGCUGGCCCCACUCCAAGCCAAAUCACCCACCCCCUGACGGCACAACAGAAGGUAGCAGUCAUGAGGAACAUUGAAAGAAUGUUGGGAGAAGCACUAGGCGAUCAUCGCGAGGUAAAUUUUGGAAUCAGAAUAUUGGAAAGCCUGAUGGGUGCAAUUCCAUUUUUUGGAAGGGUGUGUUUUAUGCUUUUUCAGACUGAAUAUAAACGAGGAAAUGAAAGCAUCAAGGGAGCAAAGGGACAUCACUGAGAUUUUGACAAGCACUGUAGAGAACAACUCCCGGAUCAGCAGCUUCCCUAGUGGGCGGGUUGCGUUGGAAGGGGGAAGGGGGUGGGGGUGGGGGUGUGGGGCGAGUGUGAAAAUGCUCUCUUCUUGAAGAUAUUCAAAUGCCUACAAUUGGUCGAGUGGACAGCAUGAUGACAGUUGGCCAUCAGUCGCUCGUUGGGAUUUAACCCAUUGACCACUCCAGAAAAUACCAUAACAUACCAUUAUACUCUUUGUUAGUCACUCCAAAAUUUUUCAUAAGCAUUGUCUUCAGUUUCUCUUGGAAUUAAAAUGGCCGCAAAAGAAACUGAAAACAAUGCUUAUGAAAAUUUUGAAGUGACCAACAAAGAGUAUCAUGGUGUGUUAUGGUAUUUUCUGGAGUGGUCAAUUUACAUGUUUCCCUGAAAUGUCCGAAAACCGCCCGUGCAGAUCUUCAUCCCAUUUACCACUUGUGAUGUCAUCAGUUUUAAUGGGUAUUGACAACUUUGACAUCUGUUUUGCGGAGGGGAAAGAGAUCUUUCGAACCAUAUACCCAAAUAAGAACAAUUGAACAGGCUGGAGAAAAACGCAAAGAAAAAACAACAAAACACAAGGAAUAAAAAAAACAUCCAAGUUAACCAAAAAAAGGCCAACGAAAAUCUUGUUCAACUACCUACCCGUUCAUUUGCUUCGUCUCAAAUAGGUUCUUCGUGGAACCUUUCCCCAUACCUUUACGAAGCCUUGUAAACGUCCCGGGGCAGUGUCGCUUCUAAAUCCCGCACCUCGUCUUUGGCAUGUCCGUUUCUUUUUGGCCAAAUAGUGACCAGAAAACGUCUCGGCAAGAGUCGCUUCAAAAAGCAUUUUUCGGGAAAAUUUCCAUGGGCGAAUGGAUUAAAUCUUGUUUUUUACUACUCGUAUAUGUAUUAUUUAAGUUUAGCCUAGUUGUAUUUGGAACUAAAGUGAUCGUAUCUAUUUGAUUUAACAGAUUGGUCCCCUUUUGAACUGCAUGGUGAAUGGACGAUACAGUGAAUCAGAUGGCGAAGAUGAGUACAAGCACAUUAAAAUUGACUCCUAAUAUUAGUCUUCAAUGCACAAGUCUUGGCUUUACGGUUACGUCAAGAUGCAAUAUUAAUGAUUUCUCGUAGUUCAGCUUGUGGACUUGUAAUACAGUGAAAACACGCACAUAACUGCCGAUUUUAUUUCUGCAAACGGCUUAAAAUGAUUCUAUGGCAGAAUUUUGAGUUUGGUUCCUUGAUACAUGCUGUUUGUUUGGCCAAAUGUCAGCCUGGAGAUUCUACAUCUGCAGUUUCUUUGGUACGGAGUUUUACGGUAUAUAAUAAGACUAUUUUUAGGAAAGCUCCAAAACUCGUAUUGAAUACUUUUAGACCUGUAGGCCUUGCAUGUUAAGUGAGCUCAGUAAGACGGUGAACGAAGCGAAACAGGCCUUAAUCAGACAGGAUACUACUGAUAUGAAACCUUUUUAUUUUGAUACCAAACCGUUUCGCUACACGUCAGUUAAGUUGUUUCUGAACAAUUCUGAACGCCGAGGCCAAGUCGAUGAAAAGUCGAUUCGCAAUAAAAGUAUUAAAAGCUCGUUAUAGUUCAGCUUAAUUAAUUCCUUGCACGAAUAUAUGACGCACAGGCAAGGAUAAAAAAUUUUAUUCAGCUUAAUUCCCUUUUAGAAUAAAAUAAUAUGUAAAUCGUCCGCGAUCCUAGUUUUGUACUUUGAUAAAAUUGUAGCGACACAACUAGACAUCGCACAGAGAGAAUGUUCUGGGGAACGACUAGGAGAAGGCUGGGACCGCGGGAACGAGGUUGAAAAGGCCUUUCCUUGAGGACCCAUGGGGGGCGACUUUAUUUAUUUGCGACGGGAUGUUCACGGGAGAUGUUAAAACCCAGAAAUAAUUUAGCUAGCUUCUUCUUUUAGGCCUUUAAAUAAGCUUUUAGAAAUAAUGUGGUAGAAAGAAGUGCUCAAAGGCACCAAAUAGGCAAGGUGUACAUAUUUUUUGUUUUACAAAAAACAGGUGAUGUAUCAUGAAAACGGCUCCCCUGGUUUUAAAUGGGAGAGGAUGCCCUAUCACCCCCUCGUGUUAAUAUUGGGUCAAUGGCGCCCACCGUUUGCUUUAUCUAAUGCCGUAAUCGACCCCUUAAAUCAGAUUAAUCUGUUUUUCUUAAGCAACAGGAAAAGUUGCGCGUUUGGUGACUACUCAGGAUAUAAUCGUCCUAGUGGUUUUCAAUUCUCCGAGAAUCUUAUUUUUCGUAUGGAAAAUGGCACAUGAAACUAAGCGAGCCUGCGUAGCAUGGCGGUUUGGUCGAGCCGGGCGCACUGCGAAGCCGCGGGCCGCGAAAUUCGCGCGCAAAGCGCGCGAGAACGAGCGCCGAAGUCGCGAGAAAAAUAAAAACAAGUUGCUCCCGCCCCAAUCUCCUCGCGGUUGCUUUGCCCUCGCCCGCCUUUAUUACUUAGCGCGCUCAACCAAAACCGCCAUGCUACGCAGGCUAACUAAGCUUGCCCCCAUUGUUACCCAACCAGGGUUGUUUUUAUGAAGGUUUUUUUGUGUGUGUCCAAAUCGCUUAAAGUGAAUGUCUUUGCCUCUAAUAAUUUCUAAAUUGUAAUAAAUUUUAAUUGAUGUUUUAUUUUGUUACUCCGGAGAGUAAGUUACAUUAAUGUGUAAUGUGUUUGACAAUAAACGCU